AUGGUCUCGGCUCUCACCGUCGGGCCUUCGCUUCCGGCCCUGAAGGACCUGCGGGAUGUCCACAACGACCCGGCACUCACGUUUCGGCUUCGUCAAGGCUCAUAUAAAUGGCCAAGUGACCAGAUAUGUGAAAAAAGAGACAUAAAUACGCGGACAGGGAGACCUUCGCAUCCGUUCCUCCAGGACUCGAGCAAUCCGCUGCUCCAGGAGGUAUGGCGCAACAUCAAGGAGGAAGACCUAAGUCCUACAGCGCCUGCAGGAAUGGAACGCGUCCGGGAGGGUGAUUAUGCUCUCAUGCUGUGGGAACUCUUCUUCGACAUGAACUACGGACAUGACUGUCGCGUUUUCAUGCUUCCGGCACGGUAUUUCUCGACGUACACGUCCUUCGCCCUCCCAAGGGACUCGCCUCUUGUUCCUCUCAUGAACAAACUGAUCCUCGACAUCGUCUCCUCGGGCCUCCUCAGGAAAUGGUGGACGGAGUUGAGCUACUCCACCACCGACUGCAGCGCCCUGGAAGCAACGCCCAUCGAGCUGAAGACGGUCCUCACGCCCUUCCUCCUGCUCGGCCUCAGUGCCCUUGUUUCGCUGGGGAUCCUGGUCGCAGAACGUUCUCUCUGCCAGACAAGGACUCCUGCCUCGCUAAAGAAGUACAGCAGUGUCCCGAAGGAAUAGAUGUAAACAUUAAGACUAGUGAGAAAGGCAUAGCACUGAAAGAGAGUGACUGUACUGCAUUUCUUCCCUUUUUUCUGUGCUUUAACACAACUAAU